AAAUCCGGGAUAUAGUUUACGAGUUUAAACUAACGUGUUACAUUUUGUACUUUAAAGCGUUUUAAAUAUAAGAAUACCGAUACAUAACAUUAAAGUCUUUAAACGACUGUGAUGUGUAAACAAGGACGCUAAAGUAAAGAUAAAUGGAAGAACUGUUGCACAAAGCCAUAGAAAAUGGAGACGAGAAAAGAGUUCGACACCUCAUUCAAAAAGGUGCUGCUAUGGACAAACUUAUGGGAUUACGAGGAACGGCAUUAUGUGCUGCAAUAUCUGACCGCCAAACUGACAUAGCAUUUUAUCUAAUUGAUGCCGGAUGUGACGUAAAUGGAGAGGAUUAUGAUAGGGAACCUCCCUUAUUGCUCGCAAUGCGAAAAGAACGUUUUGAAAUUGUGAAAAAAUUGAUCGGUCAUCCUAGAUGCCUUUUGAAUAAACCAGAUCCUUUGACUAAACUAACUCCUCUUUGUUUUGCCGCCAAGUCAGGGCAGACUGAAGUCGUUGAUUGGUUGGUCAAUGCUGGGUGUCAUAUGACAGGAAAAGAUGCAGAAGGCAACUCGGCACUUCAUCUUGCUAUAGAAAACAGCAACUAUGAUAUCGUUCAGCGUCUUGUUCAAAUUGGAAGUAGUUUGAUAGAAUUAAACGACGAAGGAUUUGCGCCAAUACAUACGCUUGCAAGAAAAGGUGACUGUAGGAGUCUGGUCAUGAUAAUGUCUAAAUGGGUUCAUAUUGAAGAAAGCAUUCCACAAAAGUUUUCAAGACUUGAUAUUUCAGAAAAGAUCCAACCGAUGGUUAUGCAGACCGUUAACAGCAUUGCAAAAUAUGGCCAUGAAACGCCAUUACUUCUCGCUGCAACACGCGGGCAUUCUGACUUGAUAAAAUUACUUCUUAUAUGUGGAGCAAAUCCAAAUGUUGGCGACCACUUAAAAGCGGACCUUGAAUGUGAGGAUGGUCCAAGGAGUUACCUUUCAACACCUAUUGCACGUUUGUGUUCAAGCUAUCAAAAAGGAGAAGUAAGGCUAGAUGUGUUUACGUGGCUUUUAGAUGCAGGCUGUCGAGUUGACCAAUCCGCUUUAGUAAUAACACGACAGGAAAGGCUUGAUAUGACACCUUUACAGUUUGCUGCUAAAUAUGAUCUACUAGAUUUAUCCAAACUGUUGGUAAGUUAUGGAGCUGACGUAAAUUUAAGGAAGGACAUAAAUGAUAACACGCCUUUGUAUGUAUCAAUUAUAAACAAUUCAGAACGGGUAAUGUGGUAUUUUCUCAAAAACUGUAGCAUAAGAUACGAAAAUGCUGCAGGAUUUGGGUCCAGACAUUAUUUCCAUGCGACUGUCUCCUUGCCGGAGAAAAGUUUGGCACUUGUUUUAAACCACUUGAGAUCGACAACGUGUAACGUUAAUGGAAUUGACGAUCAACAAAAAACUGCAUUAUUUUUAGGAAUAGAGAAGCAAAAUUUAACAUUUGUACGCAAUAUCCUUGAUCUUCAUGCGGAUGUUACGGUUUGUAACAAAGACCUUGAUAGCCCCCUCCACAAAUGUGCAGAAAUAGGAUCGGUUGAAAUUACAAAAUUGCUAUUGGCGCAUGGAGCCGAAGUAAACAAAGAAAAUUCAAGAAAAAUGAUCCCAUUAGAUGUUGCUCUUGAAGAUAUGGAAGACAAGGAUCAUAAAGAAAUUGCUAUUCUUUUAUUACAAAAUGGCUCACGUGUUUCAUCUAUGUCGUCUGACAUUUUAAAAGACGAAGAAAAAAGCGACAAUAGCAAGUCUUAUAUUGAUGGCGACGAUAGUGAUAGUGAUUCUUCCAUCAGCACUGAUUCUGAGGACAACAACGACUUAGAUGUAGUUCUGAAACAAUUACUUUCAGACCAACGUAAUAAACCAGUGUCCCUAUUUAUGCACACUGUUGCAGCUAUCAGAAGUUAUUUCAGGGACAAUUCUUUGUCAUUUUCUGGAAUGUCUUCCUUACCCUUACCAAAGAUUGUUAUUACUCGUAUUUUAUUAAAUUAACUUGUUUUUCUUUCGAGGGGUCAGUGUUGCGAUUUACAUGUGUCAAAAUAUAGAAUCUUAUUCAA